GUUAGAGUUUGGACAUGGGCGUGCACAGUUUCUGGAUCCAUAUAGGACAUGUUUAAUCAAGGCUGGAAUGAUAUUUGGGUGUUCUGUAGCGACAAGAGCAAUGAUAACAAGACGCCAGAGCACGUUGUCGUGGUCGAGCCCGUACGGGACCACCUGGAUGUUCCAGCUAGAUCCUAGAAUGCCCAUUGGUUGCCAUGAGCAGCAGUAGCACAAAACAAACCACACCCCGCAACCACCAACAAAGCUGGCAGCAACAUCACCACAUACUCUCCACUUUAUUACCACAUUCUGCCAUUACUUUGUUGAAUUGUCUCUUCUGUAGACGUUUAGUUGUGCUUGCCUUUUUGCUUCGUCGCCUGCAUCGCAUUUCUGUUCACGGGCUGCGACGAUCGGAGUCGCCGACGUUCCUUCCCCGCGGUCAUUGCAUGUUUGCUCGUCAACGCAGCUAACGAGCAAUAUGGCUUCAGACACCAACGGACAGAACAUCCAACUCCCCAUACCCCCACCGCCGCUUCACACUCGCUCCAGUGAGAUGGACCGACCAGGCACGCCCUCUCAGGAGGCCUUCAUCAGCCCGCGCCAGACACCUCAGGGCAGUCCAAGUAAAAGCCACCAGCCGCCCGGCGCAUUCGACCUCCCUCAUGUCUUCGAGAAUGCUAUGAAGCUGUUCCCUACAAUGGGAUCGUCCACCAAGCAGAAGCCAGACACACCAGGUUCACCCAGCAGGCUGAAGAUUGGUACCAAUGUGGACCACUCAGCAGCGGACGUCACUACGCUUUCGGCAGGCAGCCCAACGCGCAAGUCGAACCAGGAGAACACACCGCCCGGCAUUCGGCCAGCUACACACAAGGAGUCCAGCUUUCUCACACAUGCCGCGCAAUCGCGACAGGAGCCAUACCGCACACGAGAGACAGAAGGUUCACAACGAUACUAUCCUGCACCACAGCGUCUCUCAGCCGAGGAGCUCGAGAAGGCUAGGAAGCCAGCUGUGAAGCGCCUGGCGAACGUAACCCAGCUGUACUUCCUCGACUACUACUACGAUCUUCUCACCUACGUGCACACCCGUCAAAACCGCCUAAGCCAAUUCAAGGCGCAGAAUCCUGCACCGCCCGAGACGCCCCAAGCCGAGUACGAUGGGGCUCUUACACAAUACCUAGGCCGCGAGCGCGCCAAUCUGCGCAAGCGGCGCACUCGACUGAGGCAAGGUGACUUCCAGAUUCUCACACAAGUUGGCCAGGGAGGCUAUGGGCAGGUAUUCCUGGCUCAGAAGAAGGACACCAAGGAAGUGUGCGCUUUGAAGGUCAUGAGCAAGACACUCUUGUUCAAGUUGGAUGAGGUCCGCCACGUUCUGACUGAGCGUGACAUUUUGACUACAGCGAAGAGCGAGUGGCUUGUUAGGCUUCUGUAUGCCUUCCAAGACGAGAAGAGCAUCUACCUUGCUAUGGAGUAUGUGCCGGGAGGCGACUUCCGUACGCUGUUGAACAACACUGGCGUUCUGCACAAUCGACACGCACGAUUCUACAUUGCCGAGAUGUUCUCGUGCGUCGACUCUCUGCACCAGCUUGGGUACAUCCACCGCGACCUGAAACCAGAGAACUUCCUCAUCGACAGCACCGGCCACGUGAAGUUGACCGACUUUGGUCUGGCAGCCGGUAUGCUUGCUCCUAUCAAGAUUGAGUCUAUGCGCAUCAAGCUGCAGUCAGUGAGCGAUGUCAUCUCGCCGUUCGGACGCCCGGUGGAGGAGCGAAGUGCGGCCCAGCGCCGAGACAACUACCGAUCUCUACGCGAGCGAGAUGUCAACUACGCGAAGAGCAUCGUAGGAAGCCCGGACUACAUGGCGCCUGAGGUACUCAAGGGAGAAGAAUACGAUUUCACAGUCGACUACUGGAGCUUGGGAUGCAUGCUCUUCGAGGCUUUGGCCGGAUACCCACCAUUCGCUGGCGCCACCGUCGAUGAGACAUGGCAGAACUUGAAGCAGUGGAAGAAGGUUCUACGCAAGCCUGUGUACGAAGACCCAUCGUACUUCUUGUCGAAGCGCACCUGGGACCUCAUUAUCCGCCUCGUUGCUUCGAAGUCCACUCGUUUCCGCGGCAUCUCAGAGAUCCACGCACACCAGUACUUCGCAGAAGUUGACUGGACAAAGCUGAGAGAGAAUAAGGCACCGUUCGUGCCAGAGCUCGACAGCGACACCGAUGCAGGGUACUUCGACGACUUCGGCAGCGAGGCCGAUAUGGCGAAAUACAAGGAGGUUCACGACAAGCAGGCCGCACUGGAGGCUAUGGCAGAGCGUGACGAGAAGAUGAACAAGGGUCUCUUCGUUGGAUUCACCUUCCGUCACAAGAAGACAGCGGACGAGAACGGCAAGCCUGCCAGUCCGAGAAAACCUCUGGGCGCGGUUGACGAGAACUUUGGCACCAUCUUUUAGUGUCACUCACGACGGCGCUCUCG